AUGACAGACGCGCCAGAGAAACCGCAGGCCACAGCCACAGCUGCUACAGCCUCUGAAGACACCACCAAAGCUGCGCCCACUUCUCCAGCGCGGAGCGAUAAGAGCAGCGACAGCGAAGGCAAGAAUGUGAGGGAAAAGCUCAAGGAUACACAGAUCGAUGCGCAGGCCACAUCAGAUCCCACCGCGAGUUCCGAUCGGCGCAUGCACGAUGCACCCAACGGUAGCGCCAAAGUAGGCGAACACAGCGCUUCUGGCUCAGAUAGUGAGCGCGGUCGGUUACGACGAAAGCGCAGCCGCGAGGACUUUGAGGAUGAAGCAGAAGUAGACAAGCACCCGGAAAAGAAGGUUGAACGGCAUGCGCGCAAAAGGUCAAGGGAUAUUACAGCCGACCUGGAGGCUGCUGCGCCUAGAAAGCCUUCUCCCAGUACUAUCACAAGCAUCAAAGAGAACGAUGGAGACGACCAAAUGACAUCGCCAAACAAGAAUGCCUCCACGACAACUACGGCCGACAAAGCUUCAGGAGCCGGGACAAGCCCCAAGAACAAGCGGACACGCGAUCAGGUUGAGAAGGAUACCGAAGCUAGCGCAGAAGCUUCGGAAGGUGCAUCUACCAAUGGAAAACCUGCAGAAAAGUCGGCGGGCGAUGAGCGAGACUCUAAGCGAUUGCGAGACAAGGAGGAAGUUCAACCUACCACUGAUGCAACAGAAUCUAAAACCAAGACAUCGCUAACCGGUGGGUUUGCCAAUUCUUCCGCCGUAUCACCUUUUGCCGCCAUGGCACCGAAACCUCAAGAACCAAAGGCUUCCGAUAAAGCCGAGUCAUUACCUCAAACAUCAGACGAAAAGUUCAAAGGAUCUGGUUUCAGUGGCUUUGCCGCCUCAUCUACGUCGCCAUUUGGGGGCGUGGCUGCUUCCAAGCCAAAUGCUAGUUCGCCGUUCGGUGGGGCGAGCGCGGGCAAAUUGUCCUCUUUUGCGGGAAGUGCAGCUCCUUCAAUAUCUUCAAGUGGUGGCUUCGGGGCGCUUGGAAGCUCAAGUACUUCCGGAUUUGGUGGCAGCUCUUUUGGAGGAUCUCUAGGCGGUGGUUUUGGGGGCUUCAGUGCAGCCAAGCCCAUAGGCUCUUUUGCUGCCCCCGGUGGUAGCUUGGAGAUUAAGGGUCUCAAGGAGAAAGAGAAGCCUUUUGGUGCAGCCGCAAUCGGCGAACCAUCUGAUGACGAAGACGAUGAUGAUGACGACCCAGAGAAGGCCACAGACAAAGAAGAGCGACAUUCGAGUCAGCCACUCCUUUCACAACAGCCACAUGAGACCGGUGAAGAGGGCGAAGAGACUAUUUGGACCGGCCGCGCAAAGCUUUACACUAUGGCUGGCGAAGGAUCGAAUCGAGGGUGGAAAGAGCGUGGCGUAGGAACAUUCAAGCUCAACAUCACAAUUGACGAACCCAAGAAGGCUCGUUUCGUCCUACGCGCAGAAGGCACCCAUCGACUGCUGCUCAACGCUGCCGUCACAAGUAACAUGGUAUUCGGCGGCGAUGCACAGGGCGAGAAACCGAAGGACACGCGGUUACUCUUCAACUCGCCCAAUCUCGAGGGCGAGCUGGAGAUGCACUUACUAAAGUUGAGGGCUGAGAACGCGCAGCAGCUAUGGGAAGAAGUCAAAAAAGUGCAAGAGGAACUGUAG